AUGUCGAUUUACACAUCAACUGAACCAUCCAUCUCGAGUUUUAACUCACCAACUUAUAAUCCACAACUGGUCGAAGGUAUUAACUGUGUCCUUGUAAUUGGAUCCGGUGGUCUUUCCAUUGGUCAAGCUGGUGAAUUCGAUUACAGUGGUUCCCAAGCAAUUAAAGCCCUUAGAGAAUCUAAUAUUAAGACUAUCUUAAUUAACCCAAAUAUCGCUACUAAUCAAACUUCUCAUUCUUUGGCUGACAGAGUUUAUUACUUACCAGUAACUCCAGAAUAUAUUACUUAUAUCAUUGAACGUGAACGUCCCGAUGCUAUCUUAUUAACUUUUGGUGGUCAAACAGGUUUGAAUUGUGGGAUUGCUCUAGAUCAAUCUGGUACCUUGUCUAAAUUUGGAGUAAAGGUCUUAGGUACUCCAAUCUCUACUCUAAUUACAUCCGAGGAUAGAGAAAGAUUUGCAGAUGCUUUGAAAGAAAUUAAUAUCCCAAUCGCUGAAUCUGUUGCUUGUGAAACUAUCGAGACUACUUUAGAGGCUGCUGGAAAUAUCGGUUAUCCAGUUAUUGUUAGAUCUGCUUUCGCUUUAGGUGGUCUGGGAUCUGGGUUUGCUAACAAUGAAGAUGAAUUGAGACAACUAGCUUCUCAAUCAUUAGCUUUAUCACCACAAAUCCUAGUCGAGAAAUCUUUAAAAGGUUGGAAGGAAGUAGAAUAUGAAGUCGUUAGAGAUAGAGCUAAUAACUGUAUUACUGUUUGUAACAUGGAAAAUUUCGAUCCAUUAGGUGUUCAUACUGGUGACUCCAUUGUUUUUGCUCCUUCUCAAACUUUGUCCGAUGAAGAAUUCCAUAUGUUAAGGUCUGCUGCCAUUAAAAUCAUUAGACAUCUAGGUGUCAUUGGUGAAUGUAACGUCCAAUACGCUUUACAACCAGAUGGGUUAGAUUACAGAGUCAUCGAAGUUAAUGCUCGUUUGUCUCGUUCCUCUGCGCUAGCCUCAAAGGCUACAGGUUACCCAUUGGCUUAUACCGCAGCCAAAAUCGCUCUUGGUUACACUCUACCAGAAUUACCAAACCCAAUUACAAAGACUACUGUUGCAAACUUUGAACCUUCUCUAGAUUAUAUCGUUGCAAAGAUUCCAAAAUGGGAUCUUGCUAAGUUCCAAUAUGUCGACAGAUCCAUCGGUUCCUCUAUGAAAUCGGUUGGUGAAGUUAUGGCUAUCGGUAGAAAUUACGAAGAAGCUUUCCAAAAGGCUUUAAGACAAAUUGACCCAUCUAUGCUUGGUUUCCAAGGUUCUCCAGGUGAGUUUGCUACAAAGGAACAACUAGAUGAUGCUUUGGCUAAUCCAACCGAUAGAAGAGUCCUUGCCAUUGGUCAAGCUAUGAUCCAUGAAGGUUACUCUGUUGAUACUAUCCAUGACUUAUCCAAGAUCGACAAAUGGUUCCUUUACAAGUGUGAAAAUAUCGUCGAAGUCUACAGGUCUCUAUUUAACGUUACAGCUCUGGACCAAUUGACCAAAGAAAUAUUGACCAAGGCUAAGAAAUUAGGUUUCUCUGACAAACAAAUUGCUAAAUCUAUUUCUGCUGACUUAAAACAAUCCGAACUAGAUAUUAGAAAGCUAAGAAAAUCUUACGGUAUUGUUCCAUUUGUCAAGAGAAUUGACACUUUAGCCGCUGAAUUCCCAGCCAUGACCAACUACCUUUACACCACAUACAAUGCUGUUAAGAGUGAUGUCGAAUUUAACGAAAAUGGUAUGUUAGUCCUAGGUUCUGGUGUUUACCGUAUCGGUUCAUCUGUCGAAUUUGAUUGGUGUGCUGUUAAUACUGCUACAACUUUAAGAAAAGAAGGUAAGAAGACUAUUAUGAUCAAUUACAAUCCAGAAACUGUCUCUACUGAUUUCGAUGAAGUUGACAGAUUAUAUUUUGAAGAAUUAUCCUUCGAGAGAGUCAUGGAUAUCUACGAACUAGAACAAUCCGAAGGUUGUAUUAUUUCUGUUGGUGGCCAACAACCACAAAAUAUUGCUCUUUCGUUGUUUGAAAAUGGUUGUAACAUCCUAGGUACUAGUCCAUUAGAUAUUGACAAGGCCGAAAACAGACACAAGUUCUCCACAAUUUUGGAUUCCAUCAGAGUUGAUCAACCAGAAUGGAGUGAAUUAUCCUCUAUGGAAGAAGCAAACAAGUUUGCUUUGAAGGUUGGGUUCCCUGUAUUAAUUAGACCAUCCUAUGUUCUAUCUGGUGCCGCUAUGAGUGUUGUCAAUGACGUACAUGAACUUGAGAUCAAACUAUCCUUGGCUUCUGAUAUCUCUCCGGAUCAUCCUGUUGUCAUGUCUAAAUUCAUUGAAGGUGCUGAAGAAAUUGAUGUCGAUGCUGUCGCUUAUAAGGGUAAAGUCUUGGUCCAUGCUAUUUCUGAACAUAUUGAAAACGCCGGUAUCCAUUCCGGUGAUGCUUCCUUAAUUCUACCACCUCAAAGCUUGUCUAAUGACACUAAGCGUGAAUUGAAGGAUAUUGCCGAUAAGGUUGCUAUCGCUUGGAACAUCACUGGUCCAUUCAACAUGCAAAUAAUCAAGGAUGGUAAGAAACCAUUAAAGGUUAUUGAAUGUAACAUUAGAGCCUCAAGAUCCUUCCCAUUCGUCUCGAAGGUUCUAGGUGUCAACUUCAUUGAAGUUGCUGUCAAGGCUUUCUUAGGUGGUGACAAAGUUCCAGAACCUGUCGAUUUAAUGAUGGACAGACAAUACAACUAUGUUGCUACAAAGGUCCCACAAUUCUCCUUCACAAGAUUGGCUGGUGCUGAUCCAUUCUUAGGUGUUGAAAUGGCCUCUACCGGUGAAGUCGCUUCCUUUGGUAAAAACUCCCUAGAAAGUUACUGGACUGCUAUCCAAAGUACCAUGAACUUCAAGGUUCCUUUACCUCCAUCUGGUGUUCUAUUUGGUGGUGACUUAUCCAAGGACUUCUUAGGUAAUGUUGCUCAUCAAAUUGAAGAUUUAGGUUUCAAAUUUUUUGCACCAAACCAGAAAACUAAGGAAUACUUAGCUAAAUAUAUCAAGAAUGAUGUUGCUAUUGGAAUUCUAGACUUCCCAAAGAAUGACAACAAGAAGAUUCGUGCUAUGUUUGAAGAUAAUGAUAUCAAGUGUGUCUUCAACCUUGCAUCUAAGAGAGCAGAAAAUACUGAUGACCAAGACUACCAAAUGAGAAGACAAGCUAUUGAUUUCGCUCUUCCAUUGUUCAAUGAACCACAAACUGCUCAACUAUUUGCAAAAGCUCUUCACGCUAAAAUCGGUGAAAAGAUCGAACUAUUGAAGGAUGAUAGUAAAAAGAUCCCAAGCGAGGUUCUUUCCUGGGAAGAGUUCCUUGGUUACAAAGCCAUGUAA